AUGUGGCUCCUCGACACUUACACCGCUCAGUUCGAACAUGUCGCCAACCCUCAGGAUGUCCCCUUCCCUGGUUAUGCCAUCUUGUCCCACGUGUGGGUCAAGGUUGGACCCGGCGAGCAGACAUUCCAGGACCUCUGCCCGAAGAUCCGCGGAUUCUGUGCCUUGGCACGCAAGAAUGGCUUCCGCAAGGUCUGGAUUGAUACGUGCUGCAUCGACAAGACCAGCAGUGCGGAGCUUUCCGAGGCUAUCAACUCCAUGUACCAAUGGUACGCCCGUGCCGCCAUCUGCUACGCCUUCCUCCACGACGUACCCGGUGACGAAGACCCUCGCGAGGCCGACUCCGCCUUCCGCGGGUCCGAAUGGUUCACCCGAGGAUGGACUCUGCAAGAACUGAUCGCGCCCAGCCGCGUCGUCUUUGUCUCAGCGGAAUGGCUUCCACUCGGAACGAAGGCUUCCUUCGCGGGCGUCAUCGAGGAAAUAACCGGGAUCGACCGCGACGUACUCACUCGCGAGCAGGCGCUGGACUCGGUGAGCAUCGCGCGCCGGAUGUCCUGGGCCGCUAGGCGGUUCACCACGCGCAUCGAGGACGAGGCGUACGCGCUCAUGGGCAUUUUCGGUGUCAAUAUGCCGACGAUCUACGGCGAAGGGCGGCAUGCAUUCGUUCGCCUGCAAGAGGAAAUCCUCAAGCGGAGCAAUGACCAGAGUAUCCUCGCGUGG